UCUUCUGUUUUUCCGAGACUAACAGUGGGUUUCUCGUACUUAAAUUAGGCACUUUUGUCUUAAGCUUGCAGUUUUAGCAAACUUCUUUGCUUCAUAUCAUAAAGAAAUAAUACAGCUAGUAGUGGGCUGAAUCGCAAGACAUUUUAUCGGCGAGGGGCUUAGAAAAUGCCUCUCAAUUCUGAAAAAUUUAAGGGCGGCAAUUUGUUCGAAUUGUUCCCCUAAGUUGGAAUUUCUUGGAUAGAAAAACUCCAAUUUUGUUGUUGUGGUUACUUAACGGUAGAUAACAGUCUUGGUAGUAAUUUAGAAGUUUGCAAAAUGGAUUACGACCACUUGGAUCCAGAAGGAAGUUUGAUGGACAGGAUUCAAGCCCUUAUCCAACCUCCGCAGUCGGAAGAUUUAGGGAAGAGGAUAAAAAAAGGAGACAAAGAGGCGCGGAAGCAAGGACGUGCUGUCAACAACGACAACUGUGACAGUUGUGGCGAAGGAGGCGAUUUACUCUGCUGCGAGCGAUGUCCCUGCGCUUUUCACUUGACUUGCUGUGAUCCUCCGCUAGAAGAAGAUGACAUCCCUGACGGCGAAUGGCUCUGUAAUGAAUGUAAAGCAUUACCCAAAGAGGAUACUGAUAAUAAAGGGAAAGACCCUGUAAAUGAUGGAAUAAAAACUGAUGGUCAUUUGGCACCAACUGUUAAAGUUACUGAGAACUCAAAACCAGAAUCUCCAUUUUCUACACUGGUAAAAAUGACAACUGGAAAAAACCCAACUACAUUUUCUUUACCACCUGAACUGAAGUGUAAUACCUUCUUUCCUGGUGACAGAAAAAGGAAAAAUAGUACUGAAGAAAGGACAAUUCCCGUAAAAAAUGGGAAAAGACAUACUGAUGAGGAAGAACACAUGAUUCCUCCUGGGCGACUUUGUUUUGCUUGUAGUCGGAGUGAUUUGGUUGGGCAACUUGUUCAUUGUGACUUCUGCCCCUUGGCAUUUCACAUGGACUGUAUAAACCCUCCCCUGACCACUGUACCAAGUGGCAUGUGGAUGUGUCCAAAUCAUGCUGAGCAUGCUGAGCCUGGACUACGUGAUCCUCGAUUUAGCAAGAGACUACAAGCAUAUAAUGACCUUAGGAGUAAUAUCUCGCAGCAUACUAUAAAAAUGAAUUUUCUUCAACGUGUGCACAGAUUGAAGAAACAUCCUUCCUUUAAAAGAAAGGAAUUUUUACCAACAAGAAGAAGAGCAACCUUGUGGUUAAAAUGUGUGAUUAGUCUCCAAUGUGGAAUUGCAAAGCAUUUGACACAACCAUCUGUAAACAAGGCUUUGAUUGCCAAUCACACAGACAAUGCCUCUAAAGGUGAAACAUCAAACUCAAACAAUCACUCGUCAACUUCGGGAUCAGCCCAUGCUACAAGUAGUGGAACUGGGAAAGAACCUGUUGUAAAUGGUCUGCCUUCGAAGUCAGACUUACCAAAUCAUGUCUCUGCAACAGCAGCUAAUGGCAAUGUACCAAAUGCUUGCAUAAGUAGAGUUGUGACAACCACUAUUACUACUACUAGUGGUGGGAAAACAAUAACAAAACCACUGACAAUUUUGUAUGCAUCUCCGUCAAAAUUACAGACUCAUAUGAAUGGACCACUUAAUACAAAGUCAGUAGCAAGUGCAGGUAACCCUGUCAAUGUUUGUACAGUGUCGUCAACACAUUUACCUUCAAAAGUCUUAGUCAAACAGGAGCCUAAAACUGUUGAGAAACAGGUUGGCGACUUGACUCAGUUGAGUGCAGAAUGUAAACAACUUUCUAGUGACACAGCAAAACUUAUCAACGAUAUUGGUCAUUUGAAUAAUGUUAAGGCAAAAGUAACAACAGAUUCUAUAAAAACAGUUGCUGUUUCAUCAUCAAGUUCUGUUGUGAACACAACUGUCAGUGCAGCCACCAGAACAAUUUCCACAGUGACCUCUGCUAGUUCAAGUGGUGCCAGCACAACAAAAGUUGCUUCAUCAACACCAACAAAACUUAUUGUGUUGACAAGUACAAACAGUGGGAACAUCAUUAAGACAAUUGCUACUGCUGGGUUGUCUGCUGCUAGCACUGGCCAAAUCCCUGGUGGUAGUAUAGUAACAUUAGGAGCACCUGGAAGUGCAGGAAGUGUCAAUCCUGUGAAAAUUGGGACUGUGAAUGCUUCAGCACCUGUGUCAGUAGGGUCAAGUCCGAACAAAGUUAACCAAGCAGCUGCAGCAACCUCUAUGGCGACUGCCAAUGCUAUAAACAGCAUCUGUGCUGCCGCAGGAGUUGAUGCAUUCAAUGAAACAGAACUGGCCAAGUUGGAUCCACGUCUCAUACAAGUGUUGGCUUACCAGAGACUUCAACAGCUUCUUACUCAGACUAAGCCCAUACCUCCAAGCCCAGUUUCAGCCCGAAAAAUUUCCUUCAAUGGCUUGAAAGAAACUAUAGUUCUUCCACAACAAGCUGUUCCUGCUGGCAGAUCCAUAGCAGUACUGUGUCCACUGUCAGGGACAGGUCCUGUGUGUCCAAUGAUUCACAAAUGUCUGUCCUUAGGACAAGGUCCAGAUAUGGAUGUUUGUCUCCAGGAAUAUGGACACUGUAAUUUUAUAUCUGAAAAACAUUGCUCUAUAUUCUAUGAUGAGACUUCGAAACAGUAUGAACUCAUAAAUUACAGUGAACACGGAACAUAUGUAGAUAACGUUUUAUACUCUUGUGACUUUUCGGACAAAAUCAACAGACAUGUUGUUUCAUCAAAGGACCUUGAUCCUUCCAAAGUAAGCAAGAACAAAUUGCUUGCAGCAGCGCAAGGGAGGCAGAACAAUUCCAAGCCAAAAGGAUCACGGAGAACUGUAGGACUCGGUGUGCAAAAAAUUGUCAAAGCUUGUAACUGCACAACAAGUAGCUCAAAUUUGAUUGGGGGCAGUGGUGCAGGAUGGGAAGGAACAGCUUUGCUGCAUCAUGGGAGUUACAUAAAGCUUGGCUGUGCACAGUUUGUUUUCAGUAUCACGAGCCAUGCAACAAAGUUACCAUCAACUUCCAAGGCUUCUAGUACCAAUGAUAAGAAACUUGCUUCAUCUCAUUGAGCCUGGGUGCUUCUGUGAACAGUAUCACAUUCAUUGGCCAAAAAAAUAUAUUUAUCUGCUGCCAGCUGUUCAGAGGGUCAUGGACUUCAAAAGGAAAAAGAUAACCACAAAGGAAUCUACGAUUUCCUGCCCGUGUUGUACUCAUUGCUAUUGUUCAUGACACUGGCAACAAAUCACCAGUAUUUUUAUACUGUAGGAUUGUGCACACCAUAUCUUAGAAAAAAUGUGUUAAAACAAAAGUGUAAAUUAGAGUUUUUAUACACUGGCGUCAAAGACUUUUUAGAGAAGCAAUGAUAAUUUUAUUCUUGUAUCAUUCUAUUUAAGGCAAGGAUGGACACAAUAUUUAUUAUUUGUACAGUUACUGUCCAUCUUUGUCUUGCAACUCACAAGUUAACUUUUGUGAUAGUAAGGCAUCUCCAUCUAAAAACAAUGAUUGUAAAAAUAUUGUUUGUGUAAUUAGCUAAUUAUCAGUUUUAGAUGACAUGUGAUCUUUGUGCACCCACAAAAUGCACACAUCUGAGAUAUGUACGCAUUCACUGAGAAAUUAUUAAAUACCUCGAGUGUUUAUGUGAACAUAACAUCUCAGCUGUGUUCCACACACAUAUCUUUUGGAAUAAGAUCUUGUGUUAAAGAUGUUAUGAUUCAUUAAUUAGAAAUCGGAUACCAAUAUUAUAGCUCUUCUCUGUUUGUUCCGAGUUGAUUUCUGGCAAUCAGAGUUGGCUCCCAUGUUGCAUCACGGUAUUAUCGUGUCUCGUUAAACUGUUGUCGAGGGAAGGGAGGGCUGUUACUUUGCGGGACAUGAGCCUUGACAACUCCAGUCCCUGCUAAGUUUUGCUAGUGUGUUUGGUUACUCGAGGUCAAGGGGAUCUCCUUGUCGGCCAAUUAUUCGCAUAGCAGAGGUAUUUGUUUAUCUGAUAUUCACGAGAUAGUUUUGUUCUCGUCUCAGCUUUCUCGAAUUCUCGGAAAAUAUUCGAUUCCUCAGAAUUGAAAUGUCAGUAAAGUCAUUUAGCUGCGUUUUCAAGAGUAAUGGAGCAAAACUCGUGGAGAUUAAGUAAGGGUUGCAGAUAAUAAGAUUGGCCAGAUUGGAAACAUUACACACGCUUGACAAAGAAAGGGAAAUUGACCAGACCGCUUGGGAUGCUCUCAUAUCGAGAUGUCGGAAUCGAAACUGUCAAGUAGCACCGAGCUUCAAGUUCUUCAAGAUUUUCAGCAACAGCUAGGGCAGACAAUAGGAGAAUUACAGGAGAAAGAAAAGGCCAGGGAAGCAAAAGAAGCUUGCAAAAGACGCGUGAAAUAUUUGCUUUUGUGUUUGAUAUUUUGGCCAUGCGCUGACUGUUGUAUUAAGGGAGGACGGAAAAAAUGUCUUUGCUCGCUAUUUGUAUCUCUUAUGUUUUACGGUGCAGUAUUGACCGGUCUUAUGGCUUCAAAAGUUAUCCGAUUGUCCACUACUGCUUUUAUUUGCAUACCAGUAUCGGCCAUUUUGAUUGGUGUGCUCGGAGUAGGAUUAUGUUUGAAAAAGAAUGAUUGCUGCCAAGAAACGGAUCUUUGGCAAACUUCUUCCUCAUCUCGUGUUCGUGGGUAUUCUUAUACCCCUCUCACUAACCAGAACUCACAGUUGUAGCUUACGAUAAAGAGGACUCAGACUUGGUGUAAUAAACCUUGUCACUAUUAAUAUGGACAUGCCAAAACAGAGAAUAUAACAAGAGAAUUUAUGGUUUGGACAGCGACCCUUAUUAGGAGAUGAAAUAUGGACCAUGUUAGGACGUCUCUUGCAAGCCAAGAAUUAAAGCGGACACCUACGAGACUCUCGGUCCACCUAAUUAAGUUUUCAUACUUUGUAAAACCGAGGUAAUAUUUUGAUCCCAGUUAGGUUAGAAUGAGUGAUCAGGAACCUUUCCAAUCUGGUCGUGGCGGAAUGGAAGAAUCACUCUCAACUGUAAGGCUAGGUUGUUUUAGUUAAACUUGAUCUAGAAGUUAGUUGAAUCAAGGUAAACUGACUCCUUUUGGGUUUGAACGAGAGAUUUUAUAUUCUCUUGGUUUGAAUAACUAUAAAUCCUGUUUCAAUUUUUUGGAUCAACAUUGUCUUAAAAAAAGGAUUGACUCGAUGCCACUACUCAUUGUAGUGACAAGGGGUCUCCUGCUAUAAUGAAAUCUCUACCGCAUACAAUAAGAGGAGUUCUUUUUUUCUGAGUGUGUCUCGCUGUAAAUAAGGCUGUUCCAGGCGACUCAACCCAAUCCUCCGUUUCUUUUUUUAACCUCUCCUUCCCGUAACUAAUAUAACGUUUCGUUUUACGAACUGAACUCGUGAAACAGGCAAAGUUACCUAUGACUAAAGGUUCAGCAUCUUGGGCUAACAUUUCAAAUGGUUGGCCCAUCUUGACAUGCUGUCUCCCGUGUUGGAUACGGUUGGUUUAAAAACGACCUAAAACUUCUGUGUCAGGAGAGAUUAAUUAACCCACAAGAACCUGAAGAUAUGAAAACAAAGUGAACCCUCUCCUUUCCAGUUUUAAGCCCAGAAAACUUUAUUCUUUAAAUUAUUAAAAUGCUGAAUAAACAAGAAGCAGAAACACCAAA